GAACAACUGUUCCCGGUGCUGAAUACUGUAUUUCGAAAGUUGCAUCCUAAGCACACUAUUUAAACUACAGUUGCACGUCAAGGGCGUGUUUUCGCUUAAAUUAGGCAUGACACAGGCUCCAGCUCAAGAGAAGCUAACGCGUAUCGCUAUCGUUAGUAGUGAUAAAUGUAAACCGAAAAAGUGUCGCCAAGAGUGUAAAAAGUCAUGUCCUGUGGUGCGUAUGGGUAAACUGUGUAUCGAAGUCACUCCAAAUGACAAGAUCGCAUUUUUAUCAGAAGAAUUGUGUAUCGGGUGUGGUAUUUGUGUUAAGAAAUGUCCGUUUGAAGCUAUUUCUAUCAUAAAUCUUCCUAGCAAUUUGGAGAAAGAAGUCACUCACCGAUAUGGUCCAAAUUCUUUCAAGUUACAUCGUCUUCCGAUGCCUCGUCCUGGCGAAGUUCUUGGCUUGGUCGGAACAAACGGUAUUGGCAAGUCUAGUGCUCUUAAGAUUCUUGCCGGCAAACUCAAGCCCAAUCUUGGUCGUUUCAAGAAUCCACCAGACUGGACCGAAAUCUUGACAUACUUUCGUGGUUCAGAAUUACAGAAUUAUUUUACAAAAAUAUUGGAGGACAACUUAAAAGGAGUCAUCAAACCACAGUAUGUCGAUCAAAUCCCAAAAAUUGUAUCUGGUCAAGUGAAAACAUUAUUGGAUCGAAAGGACGACCGCGGUAACCAAGACCAUAUUUUGGAUAUACUUGAUCUCAAAGUGGUCACUGAACGCAUGGUAGGAGAUCUGUCCGGCGGUGAACUUCAGAGAUUUGCUUGUGCAAUGGUCUGUGUGCAGAAGGCUGAUAUAUAUAUGUUUGAUGAGCCUAGCUCAUAUUUGGAUGUAAAACAACGUUUGAAAACUGCUAUCGCUAUACGCGAACUACUGGAGGGCACAAAUUAUGUUAUUGUUGUUGAACACGAUCUAUCUGUGUUGGACUACUUGUCUGAUUUCAUAUGCUGUCUUUAUGGUGUCCCAGGUGCCUAUGGAGUAGUAACUAUGCCUUUUUCUGUCCGUGAAGGGAUCAAUAUAUUUUUGGAUGGUGUCGUACCUACGGAAAAUCUGCGUUUUAGAGAAACACCACUAGUCUUUAAAGUAUCUGAGACUGGUAAUGAAGAGGAAUUAAAACGUACAGCACGUUAUGAUUAUCCAACUAUGUAUAAGAAUUUAGGAUCUUUUGAGUUAACUGUAGAAGCUGGGUCAUUCACUGAUUCAGAAAUUAUUGUUAUGCUUGGAGAGAAUGGUACUGGCAAAACAACAUUCAUUCGUAUGCUAGCUGGUAAUUUGAAACCUGAUGGAGACGAAAAAUGCCCAGUUUUGCAUGUAUCAUAUAAACCGCAAAAGAUUAGCCCAAAAUCUGAGAAAACAGUUCAAAAUUUACUUUUGGAAAAAAUUCGAGAUUCAUUUACUCAUCCACAAUUUUCAACAGAUGUACUUAAGCCAUUGCAAAUGGAAAGACUUUACGACCAACAGGUAAUGAAUUUAUCCGGUGGUGAAUUACAAAGAUUAGCUAUCACACUUUGUCUUGGACAACCUGCUGAUGUCUACCUGAUUGAUGAACCUUCAGCCUAUUUGGAUUCAGAACAGCGUUUACACGCCGCCAAGGUUAUAAAACGCUUUAUACUACAUGCAAAGAAGACAGCUUUUAUUGUAGAACAUGAUUUUAUUAUGGCUACAUAUUUAGCUGAUCGAGUUGUAGUAUUCACUGGUCAACCUGGCAUUAAAGCUACAGCUACAACGUAAGUGUUUAGUUAGCAUUUUGUAUGUUAAUAAUAUUUAUUUGUAUGCGUAUAUCACCAACAAAAAUGACUCGGAUGUAUUCAAUCCGUCGUUAAAUAUUUCGGUAUAGAUAUGUCUAACAAUUAAAAUCUGAGCAUUUUUGUGUUGUGUAUAAAACGGGUUACUUUAUAUCUCAUUUGGAUACUUCAUACGCUUUUUAACUGAUAAAUAGGUAAAGAAGAUGAAUGUUUGAUAAGUAUGCUUAACAAUCCGUUGCUUUUCUCGCUUAUUACUGACUUGUUUUUGAUUGAAUGAAUUCAAGGAUGUAGAAGAAUUUUUUAUGGUAAACACACAACUACGUUGGGAUACGAUUUACUACACUUCUCAGAGUCUACAGAAAGUGGGAUAUCAAUUGGAAAUGUUACAGGUAUAUCGUUACGAAUCAGAAAAGUGACGUUGAAAGAAGGAAGUCGAGAAUUUAGUAGUAAUAUGACCAAAGUCCAACGGACAUCGUGCUACGAAACCUUAGUAUUUUCAGUUUCUGGUUCCUAAUGCCUCGAGAACCCCAGUCAAAAACCUAAUCUCAUCCCUACAGUUAACACCAAAGACUAGUGACAUCAUAGGCUGACUUUGUCUUGGUAAAACUAUCUUGAUUGCCUAUUCAUACCUCGCCUGAAUGGGUUAUUAUGACCCGAUCCGGUAAUUUGUGACUCUUUAUUUGCGUGGCCUAAUCACCUCAGAUGGGUCAGAUCUAUAACUUCAAAUAACUAGCGUUCUUGCCUGGAAUCUACAUCUAAUGUUAUCAAUGUUUACAAGGUACUGUCACCCAGCUCGAGAAAUGCCCAGUUUACACUCAUGAUUGAGUACAUCUACCUUUUACUGUGCUACUUAUCUUCAAUGACCACUACUCAAUGGUAGUAGGGGAACAAGAGGUAGGCCAUUAUUACGUGUAUUCAUUGCCUAACUAACAACUGUUGGUUUAUUUCAUCUACAGCACAGGUGGCGAUGUUUUCAGAAUCGUAAGGGAGUGUUGUGUAUCUGUUCCGGACUAGUACUACACAUGGCACCAAUUAAUGAUGUUUCUGACUCUUGAUCUAAUCCGUAUAGAUUACCUGGUUGGCAACAUUGAAAUCACUGCAACUGUUGUGAUGUGGCAGGGAAUUGCUUGCAACGCUGUAGAUUUAUAGACCUCUUAUUUUCUUAAAAUUUGUAAGGAUUUUCACGAGCUUUUCAUUUAUUCCUACUUUAAUGUCUUUCUUCUAUCCCCUAAUUUCUUACUGAAUGGUACUGUGAAGCGGCGCAGCUUAAACUGACGCACUUGUUCGCAAGAUUCUAUGCUGAUUUGUCUGUUUGCUCUCAUUUUUGACCACUUCACUUACUUGCGGAGUUACAUGAGCUCGAACGGACUGGUUGCUGAUGAAAUCUUAGCUCGCAUACAGAAGGCAUGUCUCACGUUUGGCAACUUGCGUCAUCUAUGUCGCCGGCCAGCAAGAUAUCUGACCGUCUAUCAAAGGGCGAGUAUAUUGCUCUGCAGUUCGUUCUGUCCUGUUAUACGUUUGUGAGACGGCCGUUAGAAGUAGAAGAUAUGAAGCAGUUACAGGGUUUCAGUCACAGAUCUCUUAGUAGCAUUGCUAGCAUAUAGUGGAAUCACUAUGUAAGCAAUGUCUUAGUCAAACGAAGGGUAAUUAGGCGAGACAGACAAGUUGGCCGAUGACGCUGUGAACCUUUAUUGACUGAGAUGGCUUCGACAUGUGCUGCGCAUACCGAGCCACCGCCUACCUAGGUGUGCCAUGCUAUGGGAGGUUGGAUUAUGUUAAAAGAGAGUUCAGUGUGAACAGACCAAAACGUAGGACUAGUGCAUGAAAUCCUUGACUGUUGGUGUGAGUCAUGUAGAGAGAUGUAGACUAUCUGGCUGGCGUUCCCAAGACGACAGGAAUCAGUGGUUGAUGUGUUCACUUGUCGAUGUCUUCUAAAGUCUGGAUAUUCGCACGAACCUUUGUCUGUAGAUUGUUUAUUCUCUCACAUCGCUUCAUCUUCUUUGAUAUCACUCUUUUUCUAUCCACCUCUUUGUAUAUUACUGUGAAAUGUAGCAAUUGGAAUGGAUACAUUUGCGUACGAAGUUCUACGUUGAUUUGUCUAUCUGUCUUUCGUCAUAUUACAUAAUCCUCUGUUUAUUUUUAAUGUUGAUAAGCUUUUUCCGUUAUAUGUAAGCGUUCUAUGAACCUAUAGAAUAACCGUAGUCGUUCUAUAUCAGCUUUAUUGUUAAAUGAUUAGACAAUGACACUGUAAUGUUUAAUUAUAGUAGUUGAUAUUUAUCUGUCAUAUUUUAAAAGGUUAGAGUGUAUUUUACUUAGAAUCUAGUACCAAUCGUAUUACAGUGGAAAGUUUUCAUUUGCUGUUCAGAAACUGAUCAAUACAAUAAACGUAUAAAUUUUGGUCUCGAUUAUGGUUAUAACAUUCUUUAAACUGCACGUGAUUCUAUGUCCCUAGUUACUUUUGGUAACAUAAACUACAGUGAUAUUUCUUGAAUUUUUAAAAUGAAUCAUAUAAUAUGCAGUAAUUUCUGCUUAUGUUAAUCACCUGUUCUUUCUAUUGAUACAGACCACAAAAUCUUGUAACUGGUAUGAACAAAUUUCUUCAAUCUCUUGAUAUUACAUUCCGAAGAGAUCCGACUAAUGCUAGACCACGGAUAAAUAAACUGAAUUCAGUUAAAGACGUUGAUCAGAAAAAGGGUGGGAAUUAUUUCUUCCUUGGAGAUUAGAUUUCUUCUGAUUUCUAUAUCCAUCCCCUUCAUGUUUUCUAUCCUUCUUUUUCUUUAUUUGUCCAGGACCUGUGUAAUAUGUGAAUUGUUUUAUUUUUUGUGACGAAUAUCCCUUUCUUUUUUGAUCAAGUUAUAUAUAACACAACUGCUGGAAUAACACUUUGAUUCUGUACAAAACUUCUUUCAGGGUUUAGAGAGGAUUUACGCGACAAAUUGCUUAUUUAUUCACAUAGUAAUUAAUUCAUGUUACGUAUAACUGCAGGACAUGCGAUCGAUGUGGAUAUAUCAUAGUUAUGCAGUGGUCUUAUGUCCUUAAGAGGUCGAACACUAUGUCUAAAGAACUUUCAUCCUUCGUAGUUGUGGAUCUCAAGCCAAACUUAUGAACUAAACCUUUUUCUGAAGAUAUGUAGUCGUUCGAAUCAGUUAUCAUCUGAUUUUCGACCAGCUUUUUUGAAGAAUAUAACUCCUAAGAAUCCGCUUAUUGCAUUUUAAUCUACAGUAAACAACAUGAUAACCUUUAUCAUGGCUAAAUUGACAUUUGAGGAUGCAGUUUGUCCGGUAGUUUAUCUCACUACAUGAUUAUUUUAGCUGCAUCUUUACUUCCAUGCUAUCCAACUGAUUUUACAGUCUAAAUUCUGAUUAAAUAUGUCGAUUUCUCGCAACACGUCUGUCUAUUAGUGCAGCAAGUAUAUCACUUUUUAAUAAAAGUUUUAUGUCGACC